UGCUGCGCCGCUGCAGCAUCAGUGGGGAAGGCAGAAAUCUGCAUCUGACUAAAUCAAGAGAUCUAAACGAUCCGGAUUAUAAACGCACAAUCUGUCGUGAAAAUCCAGGGCGCAUCGCUGUUCUAGUUUCUAGUUCCACCAAUGCAUCUGUGAUUUACACAUUAAUCAGCGGGUUUUUUUUUCACAGACGGGAAGAUGGUGCGUUGCUUGUGCCAUGCCGCUGACGGACACUCUACACGCAUUCAUGGGCAUUAAUUCACUGUUGUCUUCAUCAUAUUCCAGGGCACAUUAUUGUUCAUCAGCGACAGUUUUGUCCUGACAGAAACAUCUGGGCCACGGGCUCAGAGAUGCUGUUAUCGCAUUGCCUCGGAGAAGCCUAACAGAACAUGAUGAAGACCGAAUCCUCAUCCUCCUCCAAGCCAGCGAGCACCACCGCGCUCCGCAGCCCCUCUCCUCACCGCAACGCGUACGAGGCGGCGGGGAUUCAGGCGCUGAAGCCGGCGAAAGAUGUCUUAAAUAACGGCGACGCUCAGGAUGGCAAGCCGAAGCCCACCAGCCGCGGUCGCACAUACGGCUCGAACGUGCACCGCAUCAAGAACAUGUUCAUGCAGAUGGGCGCAUCCUCACCCACCGAGGCUGAAGACGCACAAAAGGUAAACGGCGAUGGCAAAGCGGUGCGUCUCACACUCCCGCGGGCUGGCAGCCUGAACGAGAACGUGGAUCACAGCGCGCUGCUCAAACUGGGAUCUAGCGUCUCCGAGCGCGUCAACCGCUUCGACAGCAAAACGGACGCGUCGCCCAGGUACUCGAAGCUGCAGGAGACGAGGAAGAUUUUUGAGCAGCAGCAGCAGGAGAGGCAGGCGGCUUCUAAUCGCGUGUUACUGAAGAAAGAACGCGCCGCGGGCUUUCAGGAUGCGUCGCGUUUGGAUGUGGUCGCGCGUUUUAACGGCAGCACGGAGUCGUUGGAUAGCUUGGACGCGAUCGGCGGGACUGGCGAGGCCGUGUCGCCCACCGUCAGCCAGCUCAGCGCUGUUUUCGAGCGGGCCGCCGAGCUGCGAAACAACCUGCACCGGCUAUCCAACACGCCCCCGCUGCCUCUGCGCGGUGUCACCGGCCGCAUCGGUGCUCUCAACUCAAAAAUCAUCACCAAACGGGUACGCGCUUUUCCUUCAGGGGCAAACAAGGAGGAUGGGGUAAAUCCGCACCAGGAGGAACAAGACGCGAGGUGUAGCAGCCUUAACGGAGCCUCUGAGCUUCAAGACGGCAUCACAGCUGUGGAUACAGAGUCCUUGGAAGAGAAAAACACAGGGGCAAAGGAUGAAUCUAGUGCUAAUGAAUCUAAGACUCUAGAUAAAUGUAAGUCCGGACAGACCACUGCCACAGAGGCAAAAGGUACUCUUAUUUCUGCGGAUGUCCGUAAUUUAGAAAAUGGGGGACUUGCUUCCAGUGGACAGGCCCUUGAGUGUGGCAUCACCUGCACUGGAAGGAAUGACGAGGAUGGACAUGCUCGUCCAUCAGUGGGGGUCAGUAAGAAGGAGGAUGAUGAUGGUACUCUGAAGGAGAAUUACUCUAAGGCUGAUUUGGUGGAUAUCAGUGCCUACAGUGCAGUAGGAGAAGACUCUGGUGGUAGCCAGCUUGAGGAUGAGGAGGAUGAAGAGGAUGUAUAUGAGCCAGAGUCGAGCUGCUCUGAGAUUGCUGGAUUACCGAAGGAGGAUCCGCCCCCAAGCAGGAAAAUUAAAUUCAGUUCUUCACCCAUUAAGGUGUUCACAACCUAUUCUAAUGAAGACUAUGACAGGAGAAAUGAUGACGUGGACCCCAUGGCUGCCUCUGCUGAAUAUGAGCUGGAGAAACGUGUGGAAAGGCUGGACCUGUUCCCCGUUGAACUGGAGAAAGACAAUGAGGGUUUGGGUAUCAGUAUUAUUGGGAUGGGUGCUGGAGCUGACAUGGGUCUGGAGAAGCUUGGCAUUUUUGUCAAGACCGUCACAGAGGGAGGGGCAGCCCAUCGGGAUGGCAGGAUCCAGGUGAAUGAUUUGAUAGUCGAGGUGGAUGGGACCAGCCUGGUUGGUGUAACUCAAAGUUUUGCUGCCUCUGUACUGAGAAACACAUCUGGCACAGUUCGGUUCAUUAUUGGCCGAGAGAAGCCAGGAGAGCAAAGUGAAGUGGCCCAGCUCAUCCAGCAGACCCUUGAACAGGAGCGCUGGCAACAGGAGAUGAUGGAACAACGAUAUGGCAACUACAUGGGGGAUGAGGAAGAGCCGGGUGAUUACGGCACUGACGAAGAUGAAGACGAGAUGAGCCCUACGUACCCUAGUGCCAUAGAGGUGUUUGACUUGGCCGAGAAUGAGGAUAUGCUGUCACCAGCAGAAGUGGACCCUGAGAAGCUAGCCCACAAAUAUAAGGAAUUGCAGAUCAAACAUGCUGUGACUCAGGCUGAGAUCCAACAGCUCAAGAGAAAGCUAAAUCAUGCAGAGCAGGAGAAGCAGCGCUGGCGUGCUGAAAAGGCCCAGAUGGAGCAUAACAUGCAGGAGAACCGGGAGCGCAUGGAGAAGCUGGAGGGAUAUUGGAUGGAAGCGCAGAGUCUUUGCCAGGCUGUGGAUGAGCACCUGAAAGAAACUCAGGCUCAGUACCAGGCUCUAGAACGCAAAUACAGCAAGGCCAAACGCCUUAUAAAAGAGUAUCAGCAAAAGGAGAUUGAGUUACUGAAGAAGAAAACAGCUCAGCAGAAAACUCAAGAGGAGACCGAAGCGUCACAUAAGGAGGAAACAGAACAGCUUCAAGACAAGGUAAUAGAUCUAGAGUCACAGGUCGAGGAGUUGAAGUCGCUGGAUCCAUCGUAAAAGUAAACAGUUGUUAAAAUUAUACCUAUUUCAGAAUAAAUGUAUUGGAACUGGGGAAACAGAGAAUCUGUACUUUUGUCAAUUUUGUUAUUGUCAGUAAGCCCAAGAGUUUCAUUCCUUCAUACCUUGAUUUCAGGCUUUUUAUGCUUUUAGAGAUUUGUUUUAUAUUCAUUCUUAGUAUUGUGAAUAAUUGUUUAACCCUGCUGUGUUUGCUCUUUAAAACCCUUUGUAUUUUCCUUAUAUUUAACUCUAGAUAAUGAUUUGGCUGCCAUUGAUAGUUUUGCCAAAGUUGUUUCUGUAAUAUUCUAAUGUACACAACAAAAUCUUUUCAAAGUUACUUGUAACAAUAUACAUUUGGCAGAACAGAAGAUUCAUCUUUCAUUAACAAAAAUUGUUCCAGGCUUCAGUCCUGCAACUAAUGAAAUAGGGACACUUGAUUCUACAAGAAGUGGAAAAAACAACAUCUUGUAUUUGAAGACAUCCGUUUCUGAAACUCCUGUAAUGACCUGACACUUGCUGCUGUAUCUUAAAAUUCUUGUUACUGUUUUAUUUCAUUUUUUAUCCCGAUGUCUUUCCUGUGACAUUCCUUAGGAAGACCCGUUGUAGGGCUGCACGAUAAAUCGCAUGCGAUAUUUAAUGCGCAUCUUGUCAGUAAAGCCGAUUCUGUAAUCAGCGGUAAAUAUCCAUCACCUGCGAGCAUUCACAUGCAGCAGCAUUUACUACACAGAGCCGUUGUUCAUUGACAAGCUGCGCAAAACAUGCGCAAAAUAUGAUCGCGUUUUUGCGCAGCUUGUCAGUUUUAUCGUGCAGCCCUAACCUGUUAUAUACGUGAUAAAACAGUUAAGUAUGAUUCAUCUAGAUUAUUUAAAAGUAUAUAUUAAUUAAAAAUGGGAAGCACAUCAUUCAUGGAAGAAUGGAGGGAACCUGGGGAAAAUGGGAAAGACUCAAAAAAUGAUAAAAAUUGUCUUUUAAAGAACCAGAUAAGGAUUAAGUAUUUCAGCUCAAAAUUUGUGGUCUUUAAAAACAACACACAUACGUAGCUUAGCCUUACUAUAUAGCCCGAUUUUUAAGGGGUUUACAUAAACAUCUCUCUCCAUAUGCCUCGCUUCUACCUAUAGCAGUCCACACUUUACCUCUUGUGCAAGUUUUUGGUGAGUUAAACCUUAAAUACCAACUGCUGCCUUUUUCUCAGUGUUACUCCUGUUCAAAGACACUCUCAAGUGUUCAUUUAGACCUUCCCUUAAACCUUCUUUACAGAGACAAAAAAGGUGUUUGCUAAUUAUUUUAAUAUUUUUCAGGAGAACUGUUCUUUUGUUCAGCUAUACCAGACACUGGUAAUAAUGAAUAAUGUAUGAUUAUGGGACUGGUCUCCACAUGUGUAUGGUUUCCUUUGUUUUUGUUUUUAAAUAAGUGUGGUUUACAUUUAAAUGCAGUUAAGAGACCAACCGGUUUGGGCCACAAUAGUUUAAUGAACUCUGGAUGUAUUUAAGAAAAGAUGACAAAAUUAAGAUCUACUGUCUGGAAUGAAUAUGCCUCAUGAAUAGUUCAAUAUGAUUGAACCUAAUACAGCACACUUUCAUUAGACUAGCUGUUGGAGGAAUAUGUCCUAGAUACAAUGGCAGUGACUUUCACAUCUCAUAGGAAGAUAUUUGUUAACAUAUUCAUGUGAAAUGUAUGAAGGAACAAAGAAAUAUAAAUGACUGUGAUUGUAGUAUUUAGUAUGUCAUCGUUAGUCUUCACACAGGACUAAAUUAAAUUUAUGAGGCAUGUAAACAACUUUUUUUUCAGUGCAAAACUUGUAUGAAAAACACUUGUGUGGUUUGUUAAUGUGCUUUUAUGAAAUAAACAGUCAACUGUG